AUGAUACUUGUUGUGGUUGUUGCUGUGAUUUGGUGUCCAAUUUCAGCAAAAACCUUCUCUUCACUCAACCCCACAAGUAUCUAUACGUUGCCGAUUUAUUACGUUCAAUCUCAAACAUCAAAUUUGCAUAUUCAUCAAGGUCACCAUGAUUAUAAUUGUACGCGAGAAAGUCCAUGCCAUACCAUUCAACAAGCAUUGCAAUUAAUUAUCACUCAAUUUAAUAGCAGUGUCAUUGGCAAAAGGUCUGGAAAAAUCAUCUUGCUUGGGGACAGUUUCGGAGUCGAUCAAUGCAAUAUACAAAUACCUGGAAAUUGUAAAGAUGAAAGAUUCGUACACUGUGCUGCUUUUGAUGAAAUAGUUUUGGAUACUGAGCUUGAUAGAGGAGUGUCUUUGGAUUGUGAUAAUCAAAGACUUUUUAAAGAAUUGGAGGUGCGAAAUUUAACAAUUCAUAAUUUGAACUUGACAAGAAUUUAUAUUGGCUUAAAUCGAGCACCUGCGGUUGAUCGAUUGAUUCUUCAGAGCGUUUCAAUGUACAACAUUCAGGUGAAGGACACUUCAGAAAUGCCAAUCAACUUGGACAAGAGAGUGGUUAUCGUUGAAUCAAGCAUCGUUGAACGUUGCACCAUUGAUCUCAUUGGGAAAAGCGAAAUUCAAAUUUUACAGUCGAGAGUACAUGGUACUACAAUGCACACCUUACAAUCAGCCAUUUCUAUUUGGAAUUCCAAUCUCACACACUUUGAAUUUCUAUUGCAAACCACAAGCGACGAUUUGGAGAAUGACAUGCUUGAUAUUAGAAAUUCAUUUCUUUGUAAUACAACACUAAGACUGGACCGUUUUAAGUACAUAUCUUUUAGUUAUGCCACGUUUUCAGACAAUACCUUUCUGCAGGUUUCAAAUAGCGACUCAAUUUCAUGUGGUAAUGUUAAUGCGAUUGGUGGCCAUUUUUAUUGGCUUUUUAGAGAAAAUAAUCUUGUUACUGUUGCAAGUUCCGAAUUCAGUUUCCUAAAUUUAUUUGAUGAAAGCUGGAGCAACAAACUGAUCGACAUUGAUUCAUGCAAACAAUUAUUUAUAUUUGGUUGCUCUUUUGAAAACAAUAGAGGAAUCGUACUUGGCAUUGAAUUCACAAACAUUCUAGAUCUACAGGACUUGUCUUUUGAAAAUAAUUAUGGAAAUUGUAUCUAUGCUGAUAUGUCACAACGCCGUGGUGUUUCCCAAAUGACCUUGGACAGUGUACUAUUUCGAAAGAACAAAUGUAGCACAGAUAUGAAUGGCUGUGCACUUUCGGUACAAGCACAUGAAAUCUUUAUUCGCAAUAUUAGGUGUAUAGAGCACAGUGGUGCCUCUAAUGGAGGGUCCUUGUACAUUCAAGCAAAGAAUACCUUACAAAUUUUCAGCUCACUUUUCUUGGACAACUUGGCCAGUCAACUGGGAGGAGCUAUUUAUAUUGGCAACUCAGCAACAGCUACUUUCACGAUUGAGAACACAACUUGUGUAAACAAUUCGGCUCAGUAUGCAGGAGGUUGUAUUUAUUACGAAUCACCUCAACAAAAAGAAGCAUCCAUUUUAAAAGAUAACGUCUUUUACAACAAUGAAGGAAAAUCAUAUGGCAAUGAUAUUGGAUUCCACUUUACAAUAUGA